AUGCCCUCGUUAUCCGCCGUACGCGCAGCCAAUGCUGCAUUCUCCCCAUCGUACAUCCCGGUCGCAAUCUUCGUCGGCGGGACUUCAGGUAUCGGCCAAGGCGUCGCUGAAGCCUUCGCCCGUCACACCCACGGCAACGCACACAUCAUCCUCUGCGGCCGCAACCGCGCAGCGGCCGAGGCCAUCAUUGCCUCCUUCCCUAAACCCACCUCGCCCUCCGCGCUGCACGAGUUCGUGCAAUGUGACGCCUCGCGCAUGAAGAACAUCGAGGCGACGACGCAGGAGCUGCGCGCGCGCCUCCCGAAGGUCAACUUCCUCGUGCUCUCGCCGGGGAUCAUGACGAUGCGGGGGCGCAACGAGACCCCGGAGGGGAUCGACUACAAGCUCGCGCUGCACUACUACGCGCGGUGGAAGUUCACGCGCGACCUGCUUCCGCUGCUGGCGAAGGCGAAGGACGGCGGGGAGGACGCGAAGGUGCUGUCGGUGUUGGCUGCUGGCAAGGGCGGGCCUAUUGAUGUCAACGAUCUGGGGCUGAAGAAGACUUUCAGCCUCAAGAACGCCGCGCUCGGGGCGACGACGUACAACGACUUGAUGGUGGAGUCCUUCGCGCAGCAGCAGCCCAACAUCGCAUUCACACAUAGCUAUCCCGGCAUCGUUCGUACCGGCCUCUUCAGUUCGUCGCACUGGCUUCUCCGUCCGGCUGCUGCGGCCGUCACUUAUGCUACUUAUCCCUUUUCUGUGGACAUCGAGACCUGCGGGGAGUACAUGCUGUACGCGUUGAUGCAGGGGCAGAAGGGCGCGUAUCGCAGAGACGAACAUGGCGAUGACAUCGGGAAGAAGAACUACUACGGCUCAGACGAGGAAAGGACUCGCCUCUGGGAUCAUACGGUGGAGGAAGUCGACCGAGCGUCACAGAGUUGA